CAAGUCCUCUUCCACUCUCCUUCCUGUGCUAGUUCUCUUAGUUCAUUAGCGAAACUUUGCCGCCAUGUACCUCCAGCGGUUACUAGUGACAGCUUGCGCGGUGGUGUGUCUGGCCCUACACGCCGCCGCCCUGCCAGCGCCCUCACCCUCGCCCGCGGCUGCCCCCUCACCCGCGCCAGCACCUGCACCCGCCCCUGAGCCCAAACCUGAACCAAAAGCCGAGCCCUUCCUUGGUCUGGGUGGACUGGGUGGCUUGGGUGGUGGACUGGGUGUAGGGAAGUUCUACGGCUAUGGCACCUACGGACUGGGCGGGCUGGGCGGGCUUGGCGGUCUGGGCCUGUACGGGGGUCUGGGUGGCCUGUAUGGCGGCCUGUACGGGGGUCUGGGUGGGCUGUAUGGCGGCCUGUAUGGUGGUCUGGGUGGUCUGUACGGAAUAGGAGGGAUCUAUGGUCUUGGAUGGUGAGGAGGAGGCUUUGUCUGUCCUGGAGAACGAAAUAUUUAAGGUAAGAAUUAAAACAUCUCAGGAAUUUUGACUCACACAUAAAAAAGGAGAAGAAAAGAAAACAAAAACAAAGGAGAGGAAGGAAAAAAAUAAAACAAAAUACAAACAAAAUAAAUUAGAAUAGAG